CCGAGAGCUGGCAUCCUGCGGGAAAAAAACCCCAAACAGCUUUUGCACGUUUGCGUCCAUACAGGCGAUUAUUUCUUAUUUUUAAAGGAUUUUAUUGAAUUAUUUUUUUUAUAUAUAGUGACCAUGUCCAACAGCAUGGUCGCAGCCUGAUGUCUGUGAACACGGAGCAGCUUCGCCUGUACGAUCAUUUAUGAUUUAUCGAGAUGAUAUGAAUGUCAAUCGGUCAAGGUCCACUCUCCCGAUGCAACAGCCACUGCUGGAUUCUUCUGCUGGGAAACAUCUGCCGCAAGCAUUUGGAUAGAUUUCUAAUAACCCACCCCUCCGCUCCUAAUAAUAAUAAUAAUAAUAAUAACAAUAAUAUAUAGUGAGUGGACGGCGAGAGGACUGAGGUUGUUGGAGCAGCGUGGGAGCCUCACUGUGGGAAUGACAUGCUGCAGUAAAGACUGCAAACUGGAAAUAAUAAGGAUUAGAAAACACUGAGGAUGUGAAUGCGACAGUUUUAAAAACCAAAAGAAAAUGAUUGACAGUCGUCGCCUUGUGCAGAAAUCUUUAAUAUUACAGAUCUAACAGCUGACAUUAACCCAGAGAAGGACUGAGGGAUCUGAACACAGAGGACACCAUGUCGGCGGUGAUGAUAACACGGAAGGUGCGAAAAUGGGAGAAGCUGCCGGGUAAAAACACUUUCUGCUGCGACGGCCGGGUGAUGAUGGCCCGGCAGAAAGGAGUCUUCUACCUGACCCUGUUCCUCAUCGUCGGGACCUGCGCUCUCUUCUUCGCCUUUGAAUGUCCGUACCUUGCUGUGCAUCUGUCUCCUGCCAUCCCAGUUUUCGCUGCCCUGCUCUUCCUCUUCGUCAUGGCCAUGUUACUGAGGACCAGCUUCAGUGACCCUGGGGUGCUGCCACGGGCCCUUCCAGAGGAGGCUACAUUCAUCGAGAUGGAAAUUGAGGCCGCCAACGGGAACGUCCCCGCGGGGCAGCGACCCCCACCUCGAAUCCGCAACGUUCAGAUCAACAACCAGAUCGUCAAGCUCAAAUACUGCUAUACCUGCAAGAUCUUCCGACCACCUCGAGCAUCUCACUGCAGCAUCUGUGACAACUGCGUCGACCGUUUUGAUCACCACUGUCCAUGGGUGGGCAACUGUGUGGGCAAAAGGAACUACCGAUACUUCUACCUGUUCACGAUGUCCCUCUCCCUGCUCACCAUUUACAUCUUCACCUUUGACAUCGUCCAUGUGGUCAUGCGUUCAGUGGAUAAUGGCUUUUUGAACACUUUGAAGGAAACACCUGGAACUGUGCUCGAGGUGUUGGUGUGCUUCUUCACCCUGUGGUCAGUGGUGGGACUGACCGGUUUCCACACCUACCUGAUCUCUCUCAACCAGACCACCAAUGAGGAUAUUAAAGGAUCCUGGUCGGGAAAGAACAGAGUCCAGAACCCAUACAGCCACAAGAACAUCAUCAAAAACUGCUGUGAAGUGCUCUGUGGCCCAACGUACCCGAGCGUCUUGGACAGAAGAGGAGUGAUGCAGGAGGAUUCGCCUGUUUCUGCAACGUCUGCUGCACCCUAUUCCACCUCCUCCAGCAGCAGCAACCCAGUGCCACAAACCACAAAAACCACAGCUCCACUCAUCCCCAAUGAGCACACACCUGAUGAUGCCAAGCCGAGCAUUGCUGCCUCAGCAGAGAAGAGCCCCUCCCCCAAAGAGGAGCACCCUUCUGCUCCAAAAGUCCCGCCUCUGGCCUCGCCCGAGACGGAUGCAGAGGCAUCCCUCGCCAAGGACAAGACCCAUUAGCUGCAUGAGGGGGCGGCUCUUGUCGUAGCUACUCCUCCGGCAUCCUGUCUGGUCAGGAAACAUUAAUAAUCAACGACUGAUUACUGUGCGGGUGACUCGUUAUUCUCCUGCCCUACAUUCCACCAGAAGAGGAGAGCGUCUGCGGCAGCUCCUCCUCCUCUCUCCUCUCCUCACCAGUAGCUGCAGAGCUGUUUGACUGACACUGACUCCUGCAGGAGGUGGAGUGAUUUAAUGGAAAGUCAGCAGCUUCCUCUGUCUCCUGAACACUGCAUGGAAAAGACACACAGGGGGAGAAGCUUCUCUGAGAACUGCAGAGAAAAAAAAACACUCUCCAAGCGUUUGACAUCCCCGCAGGUCACCUGUGGGCUGCUCUGAUUGUCAGGACUACUUUUGUCCUUUAUUUAAAAUUAAGUAAUGACAUUUAUUGUGAGAGGCCAGUUCAAAUAUACUCCUUGCAAGUGUCUGGCAAAGACAAUAUUACUUCUAGACAUGUAUAAAACUUCAUACAUACAGUCAGUUUUCUGUCGUGUGCACAUUACAUGCCCUAUGCAAACCAUGAGAAGGCUGGACAAGCAGCUUUUUUGACGAGUGAAGGUUUACAGCUGUUAAGUCUGUGAGUACAUAAUGUCCAGGCAGGGGGAGGACGUGUAAAUCCUUAGCUGAGAUAUCCUAAAGGCUCCUUCCAGGCAAGUCAAAAUCUACCUUGUAUUCUGAUAUUGCUGCAUUCAGUACUGUUGUUACCUAUGUGCAUCUUUUUUUUUUAAAGUGAUCUGAUCCAGACCAACGCCUGUCCUUCCAUUUUUAUAUAAUCAAGGAUGUAGUGUGACGUCGGUGCUCUAAAAUAGACAAUAUUGCUUUCCGUACAGUUGAAGUCUUGUAUCCAGGAGACGCUUUGCCAGUGUCCCGGUGUGUGUGUGUGAGAAAAGGCCUGACUUUUGAUGAUAGUAGACACUAGUAGAAACAGUGCCUUAUCACAACAGUUGCAAUUAUCAAAUGCACCUGAGGUCAACUAACCAACAGAGAAGCCCUUGAAAUCCGUUGUAACCACUGAUUCAGUGUUAAAUGAGAAAUGCCAACGAAUAUACACUAAUUAGUUCAAUAGUUCCCAACCUGGGAUUUGGGGCAGCUAGCCUGGCUCUAUCAGCACUUCUAAAGCUAAUUAAUAUGCUAUAUCACCUUUUUGAUUAUUGUGUACAAAAACAUUUUGUGUUUUUGCAGCUCUCUUUCUUGACUUCCUGUAGUUUUUACUUAAUAGAUAUAAUAUUUAGUGGGUUUUAGAGGUGGACAGUGCCAGGCUAGCAGUUUCCCCCCUGAUUUCCAGGAUUAAUGCUAAGCUAAACUAGUGACCAGCUGCAGACUGUAGCUUCAUAUUAUAGCAUACAGACAUGAGAGUAGUAUCUUCUCAUCUAACUCUCAGGAAGAAAGCAAAUAAAACGUGUAUUUUCCAAAAUGUCAAGAAUUCCUUUUAAAAGGAAAGUAGAAAAAGCAUAUUUGUAAUACUACACAUGCUUUUCUGUUAUGAAAUACUGUGAAUUUUCUCCUAUAAAUGAUUAGAAGAGAAAAUCUGAGAAGGAAAAUAAUGGUAGAAAUACGCGUUUUAAAGGGUUAAAGGUUGGGAACCAUUGAAUUAGAUCUCAAGAAGCAAAAACUAAGCAAAGCCAUUGUUGAAUUGUACAUAAUUUUAGCAGGUCAAGAUGUACUGAAAACCUCUCAGCUGAUUGCUGAGGAGGAAAGAUUGCAGAAGGUUUUGUUUUGUUUACUGUGAUGUCUCCGAGCUUGAGCACCUCCUCCUGGAAAUCACACCAGAGUUGAUCUUCCUCUGAGUCCCCUCUCUUCCUGCCGUCUUCUGCCUCUGUAAAAAGAAAACGUCUCUCAUAUUUAACUCCUCUUCUUCUUCUCCUUGCAUCUUUGCCGUGGUAGUUAUUCCUACAGUACGCCCAAGGCCGAGGCCGCUUCCACUGCAGCCGUCUGUGGCAGGCUUAUUAUCUCAGAGAAUACAGCCAACGCAGAGAGAGAAAGACGCUCAGUCCUUUGGUUUUACACAUCUGCGUAUUUCAGUCAGAGCACAGCCUGUAAUGUGGCUUGAGGAUUUAUUUUGUUUUGGUCACAGAUCACUUGAGGGGACAGCCACACAAAGAGAAUAAUGAGAGAAAGUAAAGCUUAUUCUUAGUAUUUAAAUGAUGUUAGCUGAUAGCGAGAGUUUGUAAUAGUGAUUGUGUUGUAUGCAAGGCAGAGUUAGUGUUUGUGAAAUAUACUUGUGUAGAAAUCCUAGUGUGUCAACAGCAUUGUAUCAGACUCUGAAAUCUGCCGAGAUUAUUUAUUGUAAGCCUUGAAAUGGUCACAAUUUCUCCCAAUCUCUUAAUUUCUCCUUUCAAUCCAAAAAUAUUUGCCAAACAAAGAGUGGAAAAUGAAUUUUAGGAUACUGGGAUGUUGGCAGUUAUUAUUAUUAUUAUUAUUAUUAUUAUUAUUAUUAUUAUUAUAUGAUUAUUUCCAUUGUACCAUGGAGUAAUUAAAAUCUCAAGACUGACACUCAUAAAAGAUGAAUCCAGGCCUGCGACCAACAAUGUAAUUAAUUAUUGAUUCAUUAAUUCUAUAUAAUGUCAGGAAAAACAUAUUCAAUUUACUAUCAGUAAAUAUGUAUGUUUGAAAAGCUGGAACUAGAAAAUUUGAUGUAUUUUUUUCUUUAAGAAAUUUCAAACAAAUAACCGAAAAUUGUUGACAAUCAAUUUUCUGUUGCUCGACUAAUCAAUGAAUCCACUAAUAGUUUGAGCUGUAUUUAUUAAUCCUUUCAUCUGUGUUUACUUUCUCUACACUCUGAAGGGAAAAGGAGAGAUAAGCGGCACAUCUUCGUUGGAAGAAGCUGUAAAGUUUGUGACAGAAUUGUUUCUGUGAGGUUAAAAAAAGUGUAACUGCCGAGUAUUUGUUUGGGAAACUUUCUGUUGAGAAGUACGAAACCCGAGACCCAGUUUUUAAAUCUGAACUUAGUGGGGUUUCUUUGUGGAAGGUGUUUAACGACAGCCUGGUGUAUUUGAUCACUUUGCGUUGCUGUCACCGAGGAGCAAGAAUGUAUGCGAUUGAUAUUCGAUAACAGAAGGGACGUUUGUGUUGAAAUCCUGUAACAGUUUCAAAGCAGACUUUAAAGUGAAGGUUGAACUUUUAUUUUUUAGCUCUAAUUGUUUGCAGACGAGCUGAGCUCUUGUGUGUAUGAUUCCUGUGUUAAAAUGCCAUGACCUGAUCAGACCUGAAUGCUCUGAUCAAUCUAUUACAUUGCAUUAUGUAUACAGAUACAGUACUAUACCAUUGAUGGAACUGUUUAUUUAUGUUCACUUUGUUUAGUAUCAACACUGUGACUCAAUGUAUUUCAUUCGAUUUACUUCACUUCUUUUUACAUGAUCAAUGUGUCUGGUAAAUAAACAAUA